AUGCCACCUACUACUACCCCCAGCCCCCCAGGCCUCACCAGCUUCACAUCGCGCGAUCCGCCAAACAAAUCAACUCCACCAAAGCCUUCGCUACCUAAGAAGAGUGCCUACUCUACAAACGCGAGUACAGUCAAGAACAGGGCACGCAUAGAGAAGGCCAAGGCGAACGACAAUGUUAAAUUUGAGGAGAUUAGGGCCCAAAUCGCUACAAACAAGGCAAGGUUAUUUUCUACAGCAGAAAAUCCCGCCAUCCAACACGUUCUAGAUGCACAAUCAGACGAAGCUAGGAAGGCCACUCUAGAGAAGUCAUUCCGCAGACAGAGCAACAACGCUGCCACCGCGGCUCGGUGGAAUGCUCAGAAGCACUUUGCCCAGCUUGGACGCUUACGCUAUGGCAACAAGAGCGAGUGGGGUGAACUCCCACAGUACCUUGCGGCUCAGGAAACUGUAUACCAGCUACACGAACAGUUCAUGCCGCCUCAAUCAGUACAGAACGCGGCAAAAUACCGCAUGGAGAUCCACAAUAACGGCACCAUGACUGCAGUAGCCCAAGAAACUGACGCUGCUGGCGAGGUUGACGAGGAGCAAUUCAUGACUGAGGAAGAUGCCCAAAAGUGGACAGCAUACGUUGGAAGCGACGACAGAGAGCAGUCCGCAAUCGAUGGAUACUGGGGUGUUCUCCAGACUUUUUGGCAGCAGGCAGCCAGGAACGCAGCUGCAAAAGUACACCUCCUAUGCAAGUAUCCGUUCGAUAUAUACGUUGAACAGAUGACUGGCGCAAAAUUCAAGUCGUUUCUUGACUUCAUUUUCAACGACUACACUGAGACUAUGCCACUGCGCAGCGAAAGGGUUGAUCUUAUUAGAGAAGCUUGGGAGAAGACCACCCGCAAGUACAAACGAGACAUUGUAUUCGACUCAGACUCUGAACUGCCGGUCCCUCCUUUCUCACUACUUUUUCGCCGAAACGAGAGAAUCAUAAUAGCUUUGAUCAUAGCCGCGCAGCUCGGCGGCUACUAUGAGGUGGACGGACUCCUGCAACUCGCAUCUAAGGGACAAGUUCAUCGGCUUCCUCCGCCUUUUGAAGAUCAAACCUUCUCUAGUAGGAAGUUUCCGUAUUUGACCAUCGACGCAAAGGAGGCUGCCGAUAUGCUGUACGAAAUAGGCAACCCACAUGACCGCCCCGACGACGUAGACCGAUACAUCGAGCUGCCACAGCUUGGUAUAGAUCUAGAAGACAACGAUACUUCGAAAAGUCUAGAGGAGGGGGAUUCAGAAGAGGAUGAGGAUGAGGAUGAGGAUGACUGCGAGCUCGAUCUUUGGUUUGAUGGACUUGUAUCAGACUUUGAGCAGGACUAUAACUCAGAAGACGACCAGCAGGUGAUUGAUACCACCAAGACAACUCAGUUCGAGAGGGAGUACACAAAGGAGGAUCAGGGUCAUAACAACGAGGGGUUACUUCUAGAGGGCUUGUCUGAAGAAGACUUGAUCGAUGAAGAGUCAUUUCAACAUGGCUUACUCAACGAGAACAACGCUAUGGAGGAGAUUCAGGGAACAACUGAUGGCGUCGACCCAAUGGAGGGCGUCGAGUGUUCGGGUACGGCAGAAGGAGGCAAUACAGGCGAAAAGUGA